AUGACUCCGUGCCUCGCUCCGCUCCGGGGUCGGCUCCGCUCCCUCCGUCCCUCCGGGCACCUCAGACCCGCCACAACCGCGCACGCGCCAUUCCCCCCCCCCGGCUGGGGCGAGUCACGUGCGCUCCGGCAUGGCCGGGCAGCGGCGGCGGGCACCGCACAGGGGGGCGGCGGCGGGAACAACGGGAACGGCGGCGGGAACGGGAGCUCCGGGAAGGGAAACGCUGGCAAGGGGAGCGGGAGCGCCCUCCUCGCCCGCCCGUACAUCUGCUCCUUCCCCGGCUGCGACGCCACCUUCAACAAGGCCUGGCGGCUGUCGGCCCACCUCUGCCGGCACACGGGCGAGAGGCCGUAUGUUUGCGAUUAUGAAGGCUGCGGCAAAGGCUUCACGAGAGACUUCCACCGCGCCCGACACCUCCUCACGCACACCGGGGAAAAACCCUUUGAGUGCACAGCUGAAGGAUGCAAUGAGAAAUUUGGAACAAAAUCAAACUUAAAGAAGCACAUUGAGCGCAAGCAUCAAAAUCAGCAAAAGCAAUAUGUGUGCAACUUUGAAGGCUGUAACAAGUCUUUCAGGAAGCAUCAACAACUUAAAGUUCAUCAGUGUCACCACACCAAUGAACCUCCCUUCAAAUGUAAUAAAGAAGGAUGUGGAAAGGGCUUUUCUACUCCCAGUCGACUAAAGCGGCAUGAGAAGACACAUGAAGGCUAUGCGUGCAAGAAAGAAAAUUGCUCAUAUACUGCAAAAACUUGGACAGAGCUUCUGAAACACAAUAAAGUCAGUCAUACAGAGCCAAUAGUUUGCAGUGAGUGUCACAAAACUUUCAAACGGAAAGAUUACCUCAAGCAGCAUCAAAAAACACAUGCUGUGGAGAGGGAAGUCUGCCGAUGCCCAAGAGAAGGAUGUGGAAGAACUUACACAACUUUAUUUAACCUUCAAAGCCAUAUCCUCUCUUUUCAUGAGGAGAAAAAACCAUUCUCUUGUGAUUAUCCAGGCUGUGGAAGAGUGUUUGCAAUGAAACAGAGCCUAGCAAGGCACGCUGUUGUACAUGAUCCUGAAAAGAGAAAGCUGAACUUGAAAGCCAAGCAUUCCCGUCCUAAGAGGAGCUUAGCCUCACGUCUGAGUGGCUACAUUCCUCCUAAAGCACAGCCAAGAAAGGAUGCAGUUGUGACAGAAAGCAAGACAAUGAAUAAGCUUGUGGAAAAUGAAAUACCAACUGUUGAAAUUCUGACUCUGCAGUAAAGGUUAACUGAGACAACAUUCUUCAUGGAAUGACCAAUGCAAAGCUUAACAAUAACUUUUAUCAAGUUAAUAUUUUUAUUUUAUUUUUUAAUAAAUUAGUAUUGUUUACACUGCUUCAUAAAGUCACUGAUGCAACUCA